GGUUCAUGACCGUCACGUGACUAAAACAAAUUCGUGUAGCGUAAUGAACUGUAGCUAGCAAACACUAAACCGGUGUGUUAGACUUGUUGUUUAUACACCUAUUUUAGGAAAAAAAAUUGCGCAUAAGACACACAAAAAAUGCAUAUUGCCAUCUCUUGUUAAUAUAUGUGGCUGUCGUAAAUCGCUAGCUAGUUUAACGGUACUCUUGUCUUCUGGUUUGUGGAUCGCACAAGAGCAAAUAUGCCACAAUCUGCAGCUCUCAUCAGUGGGAUCCAGAGGAUGGUUUUGUACGAGACAAGAGCCAGGUAUUUUUUAGUGGGGAGCAAUCAGGCUCAGACCAAACACAGAGUUCUCAAGAUUGACCGCACAGAGCCCAAGGACCUGGUCAUAAUUGACGAUAAGCAUGUAUACAACCAGCAAGAAGUGCGUGAGUUGCUGGGCCGUCUGGACUUGGGAAACCGCACAAAGAUCGCCCAAAAGGGUCCCUCUGGCCUGUCGAAGGCCGUGUCAGCCUUUGGCAUCGUCGGCUUUGUACGUUUCCUCGAGGGCUACUACAUAAUUUUGAUCACCAAACGCAGGAAGAUGGCCGACAUCGGGGGCCAUUCCAUAUACAAAAUUGAGGACAUCAGCAUGAUCUACAUUCCUAAUGACUCGGUUCGAGUCACGCAUCCUGACGAAGCCAGAUAUGUGCGAAUUUUUCAAAACGUGGACCUGUCAAGUAACUUUUACUUCAGCUACAGCUACGACCUGAGCCACUCGCUGCAACACAACCUUACUCUGUUGCAGAGGCCUUACGAGUUAUGGUCGUCGGCAGCCUCGUCCGCCGAAGAUGAAGCGAAUCAGCGGGGCAAACUGGACAGCUUUGACAUAUUUGAAGACGAAGGGCUGCCGACGCAAGUGAUUUACGGCCUCCGCAACGAGCCAUACUACAAGUAUGUGUGGAACGGGAAGUUGCUGGAGCGCGUCAAGGACAUCGUGCAUCACGACUGGCUCAUGUAUAUAAUCCACGGCUUUUGUGGACAGUCCAAGCUCCUAAUCUAUGGCCGCCCGGUCCACAUCACCCUCUUUGCAAGGCGCUCCAGCAAAUUUGCCGGGACCCGUUUCCUCAAAAGAGGAGCCAACUGCGAGGGGGAUGUGGCUAAUGAAGUGGAGACGGAGCAGAUCGUCCAUGAUGCCUCAGUUAUGUCAUUCACAGCAGGAAGUUACUCCUCCUACGUCCAAGUGCGGGGUUCGGUCCCGCUUUACUGGUCCCAGGACAUAUCCACCAUGAUGCCCAAGCCCCCAAUACGAUUGGACCAAGCAGACCCAUAUGCACAUGUAGCUGGCCUCCAUUUUGACCAAAUGCUGCAGCGAUUUGGAUCACCAAUUAUCAUCUUUAACCUGGUCAAGAAACGAGAAAAAAGGAAACAUGAAAAGAUUUUGAGUGAAGAGCUGUACCCCGCUGUGAUUAACCUCAACCAGUUCCUGCCGCCUCAGCACUGCAUUGACUACAUCGCAUGGGACAUGGCCCGAUAUACCAAGAGUAAACUGUGCAAUGUUUUGGACCGUCUGAGUAUGAUCGCAGAGAAUGUGGUGAAACGUACUGGAUUUUUUGUGAAUCGAUCAGACUUCUACUGUCACACCCUCAGGCCCGAUGACAGAUGGGGAGAUUUGGGUGGACACGUUACAGUCUGUGGACGAGUGCAGACCGGUGUGCUGCGGACUAACUGCGUGGACUGUCUGGACCGAACCAACACCGCCCAAUUCAUGGUGGGCAAGUGUGCACUUGCUUAUCAGCUGUAUGCUCUGGGAAUGACUGACAAGCCCAAACUCCAAUUUGACACCGACUGUGUGAGAUUGUUUGAGGAGCUGUACGAGGACCAUGGAGACACCCUGUCGCUGCAGUAUGGCGGCUCCCAGCUGGUACACAGGGUCAAGACCUACCGGAAGAUCGCUCCGUGGACGCAGCACUCCAAAGACAUCAUGCAGACACUGUCACGCUACUACAGCAACGCUUUCUCUGAUGCUGACCGACAGGAUGCCAUCAACUUAUUUCUCCAAGUCUACCAGCCGGCAGAGUCCAGCCCACACUUAUGGGAGCUACCCACUGACUUCUACCUGCAUCAGAAGAGCACCAUGGUCCUACCCACAGACCGACGCAGCUACACACUGUGGUGGUCAGAGGAAACACUGUCCUAUCUCCCUGUCGCCUAUGAUGAAGUCCCUUGUGAAGAAACCAUGAAGAAGGUGACAGUCAAGCGAGUGAACCAUUUUGAUGAGAGCACGGACAUCUACACAGAGUUCUUCAAGCCUUACGAGCUGACCUCCUUCGACGACACCUUCUGCAUAGCUAUGACUAACUCUGCAAGGGAGUUCAUGCCUAAAACAGUUGGAGUGGAUCCGAGCCCUUUCACUGUCCGCAAGCCAGAGGAGACGGGGAAAUCAAUGCUGGCCAAUAAAAGCAACAAAGAAGAGACGCUACUCCAGAGGAAGACAGCAGCGAGUGCACCUCCUCCCCCAAGCGAGGAGGCCAUAUCCAGCUCAUCGGAGGAUGACUCUGAGGAGGACCGCGAUGAUGACACCUCUGUCUCUCAGCGCUCCACCCCAAUCAAACUUCAUACAGAUGGCGGAGAGAGCAGCCGCGCCCAAGAGGAGACCCAGCAGCAUGCCAUCAGGGAGCCCUACGGACUAGAUUUGGCCCAUUUUCCUGCUGAGCACGACCUGCUGAUUUACAACCGGUUUGCACGCUUGGGCGAGAGCCAACAGUGGCGAGCGAUGAGGAGCGAACAUCUCAACUUGGCAAAUAUCAUCUCCUUGGAGCCUGUUUCCCGCUUCCCAGAGGACAGUGUCUACGCCGUGUCACCGCCGCAAGUAGACCGGGAAAGCUGCAACGUCUUCGAGAGCCACGCCAUGGCGGGAAGAUGUCAUGUCAGGCCAUUGUGUCGUGAGGACACGCUGAUGUACAGGGAGUACGUCAAGAACAGAUACAUGUGAAGCACAGCAACAACUUUUAGAGUGAUGUCUCCCUCACUAACUAAUGUAUUUCUUUUUUAUCUACUUGGGCUUUUAUUGUGGUAAAUGACUCACAUGUCCUGCUUCUUUUCAUUAUUACUGUUAUUUUGAAGCUUUGUUUGUGGACUUUAUGUUGUUUUAAUUGCAAUUACAUGUUGUUUUAAAACAAAAUAUGUAUAUCGAUGUAUAUUUCAAACAUGUACAUGACUUUUCUUAACUGACCACUUUUAUUAUUCAAAUGUUUGUUUUAAGUAACAUUAACUUAUAAUGUAUGUUUUUUUUUCCAUUUACAUUUUGUCAAAGAGCAGAUUUUUGUUUCGUGUCUAAAUGUGUUUCCUGAUUUCUGCUGAUUCUAGCACUUCAUAGGCGUCUGAAAUUGUAUUUCUGACGCAAAUAAACGUAACAUUUUUUUUCA